GGGAAUCCCCUUUCGGUAUAGGUAUAAAAUUCUCGUCGACUGCCAAAUCAUCAAUAUUCAGGUUCGCCCAGCUAUCAUCGUAAAGAAAGGAAGGAUCAGCUGUUAAUUUUAAAACAACAAAAUCAGUAAGUUUGCUUCGAAACUUGUUUUCAAUAACCAUAUAUUUAAAGCGCGGGUUAGCCGACAAAUAUGUCUACCGUUAUGCCUGGGCUUAUCGUUAAUAAUAAACCUCAAACAACGACAACCCUACUGAACACUGCGGCCGGUGUUAAUGGCUUACAGGCAAACCCAGACCUAGGCCUAGCAGAAACCAGCCAAUUUCGUAAGGAAGUCAGUCAUUUAAAGUUACCAUUUGACGACAGAUAUGAUUCAGGAAUAGACUCAUUUAAAGAAUAUGACUUGCAAGUACUAAGAGAAGAAGAAGAAUGUGAGAAUAACGAACAAUGUGCAAGUUACAACAGCACAGUAACCGAAAGAUUGAGGAAUCUCAACAUAAACGAACAGUCAGAUAUUUCAGAGGAAAUCUGUGACGAUGCCCUGUCAAACGAAUGCAUUUGUGAUGAUGUCGAAUCUUGCCAGUGCCUCACUGAAGAUGCGUUUUAUCAAGACGAUGAAGGAGACACCCCGCUCCAUUCGAGCAUAAUUUACAACAGCCCAAAAUAUGCUGAGAGAUUCAUCUCUUGUUCACCGUGUUUGGAGUAUCUGAACAUCCAGAAUAAACUGCGACAGACACCAAUGCAUCUGUCAGUGAUAAUGAAACAACCAAGGUUGACAAGGCAGUUAGUGGUUGCAGGAGCAAAUCUGGAGAUGCAGGACCAUAACGGACAAACAUCCUUACACUUAGCGUGUAAAAGCCACGACUAUAUGGAGUGCGUCAGGGAACUGACCAGGCCAAUAACAGAUAAAGACAGGUAUAACUGGCCAGGACGCUUUUAUUGUCCAUCUAUUCCACAGAACCUGGAACUUCAAAAUUUUGAAG